AUGUCGACCCCUCAUGCCGCGUGGAUCUCCGCGGCGGUGAAGGCGGCAUGCCAGUCGGGAGCUCCGCGCCGGACCGUUGCGGCAGUGGCCGCGGCAGUCACAACUGCAAUCCUGCAGCAGACUGCCAAGGCCACACCGGCAAGGACCGUCGAGGAGCACACUGGCACCGCAGCUGCUGGGCUUUCUGGCGACUGCGAGGCCCUGGCUGAGCAACUUCGGGAGGCUCGAGCCAAGAAGCGCCGCGACAAGCGGCAGAGGCGCAGAGACCGUGCACAGGCCGCUGCCAGUCCUGUUCCUCCCACGGCCGGGGGAGACGGCCGCUCUGAAGAGGCAGUUGAGGGGGCUGCCAUGGAGGAGAUGCCUGACACCACCGAGGACCCUCACCCGAAGCUUGAGACCGAACUGCAGUCGCCGCUCUCGGCUGGCAACUUGCAGGCUCGUGACGCGCAGAGCACUCCUGAGGCCCUUGCGGCUCAAGGCGUGCACUUCCUGCCAGAGGAGCGAGUUGUUCCCGACCGACGACCUUCGCUGGCCUCUUCUGCGCCUACGGACUUCGUGAUUGAAUACCACCAGCGCCGGGAAGGCUACACGCUUAGCCCCCAUUGCCUCGCCUUCGCAACCUCAGCCGAGCACACCGAAGAGACGGAGACCACGGGCGCGGCCGCCACUGAGUUUGAGCCAGGGUGUAUGGGACUGCCCACCCCAUGCGCUAUUUAUGCCGGGCACCUCAGGCCGCUGUUGAGGGAACUGCGGUCUUGGGACUUUUUCCCUUCCUUUGAUCUGACCAUGAAGAUCCAAUCUGUUCUACACACUGCGGACCAUGGUUCGGCUACCUUGUGGGCUUCUUUUACAGUACUCUUUCUUGAGCGCCAGGUUGACGUUGACAAGAAGUUCAAGUUCAAGUUGCUCCUACUUGCGAAGGGGCUGGUGUUUGGCAGAAAUGCGGACUUGCCGAUCGUUGUUGCGUUCAACUGGGACCAUGCGGAGUUCAUCAUGCCAAGGGAUUGGGUGCGGCAGUUACCACUCGAGGGUGAGUGGUCGGAUGCAUCAGACAAGGCCAGGGUCAGAGAGUUCCUUUUGAUGUCCUUGGAAGCCAAGAUUCAGCUCCUGGAGAACUCCAACGAGACAGAUCUUUGUCGCUAUUUGAAGGCACGCAUCCAAGAGUUUUUGGUCCUUGAAAGUCCCCGACGCUCGGUCGGCUCCUUCCUCGCUCAUUUCGGUUUUCAGUCGGAAGAGGAGGCCAUUCGGCAGCGAGAAGGUAUGGGCCCAGUCGCUUGUGCGGUGUUAAGCUGUGAUAUGGAUAUGCUACACCACUUUGCGGGUGCCGGUGCCCCAACCACCACCCGAUUGCCGCUGAUGUAUGAGGUGGAUCAAAUGGCUGGCUACACACCCGUUCACCUUGCCGUGCUGGUUGGGCGAAGGACUCUGCUGCCGUUGGAAGAGCUUCUCCGCUUACGGGCAGACCCCAAUACCAAGGACUCCAUGGGGGCACCCGUGCUUGGCACUUGUCGCACUGUCGGGGCUGUGGAGCUUUUGCUACGGUACCGAGCUGAUGUCAACCUCUGCGGCUUACCCACCAAGGCGACUCCGCUGACGAGAGCGUGUGCCGGUCUAGCUCCGAAAGAUGUGCUGGAAAAGCUUAUCGACUCGAAGGCGGCCAUCAAUGGCUACGGGGCUGGUCUCACGACAACUCCUUUGGCUAACCUGGUGAGCUUCAGCAAAGACACCCAAGAGGAUCAGCAGCUCGUUUCGUUCCUGCUGCAGAGGAAUGCGGAUCCGAAUUUUGCCCAUGGCAUCAGAGGCACUUGGAGGUUGUUGGAGCUGGGCUGCCGUGCGAUGCAGCUUAUGGGCAGGGAGGAGACGAUGCUGCGGUACUUUGGUGAGGGAAGCACGACUCCGCUGGGUUAUGCUGCUAUAGCCGGGAAUCCACAGCUGGUGUCCUGCCUUCUGUCUGCCAGAGCAGACCCCAAUCUGCGCAAUCGCCGGGGUAAUACGCCCAUGCAGCUUGCUCUCACGGCAAAUGUGCAGAUCAUAUUCCGACAGACCUGCGGGAGCUCUGCUGACUUCAAUGAGGAUGAGGAUGACCCCAUUGUCGAAGUGUAUGCCAUGAGCACUUGGCUCAUUCCGCAUACUGCUGUUUUGGGAAGCUGCUCGGACAGAUUGUCUUUCUUGGCUGUCCUCUUACGGGGCCUUCGGGCCGGGGGCAUGCCAAGAUCGAUUGCUCAGUCAUCAUCGACGCACAGCAGCAAUGUGGCCUCUUCGUCAGCUGGGGUUGCCAGCAGUUCUAGUGAUGGUGCUGGUGGUGACAACCGAGAUGAAGCUGCAGCAGCGGCGGCUCGGGAAGCGGAGCGUAAAGCUGCCACAGAGAGGCGCCAUCUUCUGGACCAGGUUGCACGCCGAGCACUCUUUGAGCUCUGUAUGUUAUUCUGGGAAGCCCACGUCAAGUUUCGGGUUUCAGACGGAAGAGCAGUCAGAGCGAGAGUGGAUGCACAGCGACGCAACUGGCAGCAUCUUGAACCCGGAGAUGUAUAUGCCAUCCUGGCGCCACAGAUGGAACAGCAGGAGUUCGAAAGGCUACAUGAGGAGUAUGGAUUUUUGGGAGGACUCUUUGACCAAGGAGUGCGAGAAAACGAUAAAGGUUGGAUAUGCUCCACCGGAGCCUCUGCCGAUCCUCCGAAACACUUAUACUUCCAGCACCUCAGCCGACUGGCCCAGCCAAACUUGCAGAGGGGCAUUGUGGGACACCGAGCCCGUACGCUCAUGGCCCGGCUCUUGGAGCUACUGGAGAACAAACUGUAUGUCCCUGCCAUGUAUGCCCUAUUCCCUCUGCUCGGAAUGGAUGGACAACGUGCCUUUCAGCAGUGGUUUGUUCGGUACUCACUGGGAAUACUUCCCGAUGACGCCGACCUGCCAGAUGAGGUUCAGCCAGCCGCAGCGCGAUCAACCAGUGGAGCAGCCGGCUCCAGCACGGAAGUGACAGCUGCCCUCAAAGGCCUUCCGUCGGGCAAAGCGGUGCCCGCUUCACUCCCACCUGCGGUGCUGUGGAAAGAGGCGGCCGACUUGAUGGCGCCUGACAUUGCAGUGCAAAUUAACAGCUGGCUGGCUGAUAUGCGACACCCCCCGCCUGAUGGUUGGCACAUUGCUGACAUCUUUCUCUUACUAAAGCCCGGCAAACCACCGAGUCCCUCAUCCCUAAGACCCAUCUCCCUUUUGCAUCCAGUUGCCAAAGCAAUCGCUGUUAUUCUCAAGCAGAGACUGCAGCCAGCAGCGGACGCAGUCUUGUCGGAGUUGCCUCAAUUCGCCUACCUGCAGAACAGAUCGGCUCAGGAUGCGCUGGAUCGAGCGUUCACGCACUGCUGCCACGUUCAGUCCAUUCUGCGCGCGCAGACAGCCACACCACAAACCCGAUACCAGGGGCACACCGUCCUGCCCUGCAGAGGUGGCAUCACAUUAAGUGUAGAUCUGCGUAAAGCGUUUGACCUAAUGCCCCGAGCCCAUCUCUUGACGGCCCUACAAAACUCCAAAGCCGAUCCAGCGCUGGUGUGGACAAUAAUGUCCCUGCAUUCGCAUGCGCAAAUGCAAUUUUCCUUCGGCCCGCACAAAACCACCAUUGACACAGAGAAUGGUAUACGCCAAGGGUGUGGGCUUGCACCCACCCUGUGGUCCAUGUUUACUGCGGUGGUCAUGGUUCGCCUUCUGGAACAGCUUAAGCCAGAGGAACUGUCAGCGUUUGCCGACGACUGGCUCUUUCAAUGGGUCAUCAAUAAGCCAGAGGAUGUAGUUAGAGCGGUGCGAUUGGUCGGUUUUGUGCUGGAUGUUUUGCAUGAAUUUGGGAUGCAGCCGAGCUUGGACAAAACAGUCAUACUUAUCAAGCUUAAAGGCAGCCAAGCCAACCGAAUCAUCAAGGAACAUGUGUCUCGCAAGCAUGGCAAAGGCAGGGUCAUCAAGAUUGCGACCGAAUCCGGACAAGUAGAGCUUCCUGUAGUUGAACAGCACACCUAUCUGGGCUGUCAGCUGAGCUACACCUGCUCUGAACUUCUUACGAUCAAACAUAGGGUUCGGCAAUCUUGGAACGUCUUUAACCGACUCCUGCCUUCACUGCGCAGCGUCGGCCUUACUCGUGCCCUCAAGUUGGAGGUUUGGCGUGCAUGUGCAUAUGCCAGUUUGAUGUAUGGACUGGAUUGUGUUGUGUCCUCGGGGCAUGUCAGUGUGCAACAUCCUGCUUUGCGCACCGUCCUCAAGGAGCUGCCGAGCUGGCUAGCAGAGCGUAGAGCCACAGUCUUCAGCCCGUGUCAGUGGAAACCAAUGGCCGGCAUGGAGGCGGAACUGCAGGACGAGCCCGGGACGGAGCUGUUGUCUGCCCAGAAGCAGAUGGCGAUGAUCCAGAGCAUGGCCAAGGCCAACCCCACCGGCAACCUGGGAGCGGGAGCGCAGCAAGUUCAGCAGGAGGAGGAACGCCAGAACACCUCGGAGCCUUCAGCCCCCUCAGCGCCGACGCCGUCGCAAAUGGACACCAGCAACCGGGACCACAAGCGCGGCUACCACACCGAGCAGCAGAAGGAGACCCCAUCCGGCAACGGCAACGGUCACGGAAAGGGCCCCAACAAGUGGCCGAAGACCAACUACAAAGGGGGACACUCCACCGAUGGUUCCGGCUGGGGAAGCCACAAGAACGACUACUGGAGCAAGCAGUCAUGGGACAAGGGCCAGGACAAGGAAACGGCCCAAUUGGCCAAGCUCUGCACCUCGAUGGCUCGCCUCGUUCUUCGUCACGAGGACCAACAGUCGAUCGACCGCUCGGAGAAGGGAUUUAUUCUUUUCUGCCAAGCGAAGGGACUCCUCUCCAUUGUCCCGGAUUUGAAGAGGACGGCAGAAGCCUGGACGCAGCAGAAGGAGCAGACACCGGAGCAACUCACGCUCCCCAUGCGGUCAGCUCUCCUGCACCAGCUCGUGGAGGUCUGGUACACCAGGAUGGAGGCGGUUCCCCAGACGGAGGAAUCGCGCCAGAAUGCCCGGGAAAUGCUUAUCCUGGACAGCUCCGGCAACGUACCCUAUCUCCAGUACAACCGGGAGGAGCAGAAGCUCGAGAUCAAGAAGGACCGCGACCCAAUGACACUGGAGCGCACCCUCGAAAUGCUCCUGGAGCUCAAGGACCUGGUGUUGCUGCCGCUGACCACGCUGCGGUUCCACGCGGCCCGACGCAGGGCCUUGCAGAAUCCCGGGGAGAUCGUUCCCAUGAUGCUGGAGGUGGGCCUCCGGACUUCGGAGGCGGAUCGGGCAUGGAACAUCCUGGCUCGACUGAGCCACAGUGGAGCCUGCAGAGCAGUGGCGCUGAGCAUGCGCCAAGAACGCCUAGGCCGCUCCAUGCUCGCCCAGAACCUGCAGAAGAUUCUCGAGGAACUGUCAGGAGCCUAG